UGGAGAAGUCGAUGCAACUCAAAACUUUGUUUCGCAUUUGCACCAAAUUUGAUUUUGCAGUUACAAAAGGCUGUUAGGUACGAUUGCAGUUCAGUCUCUCGCAGCGCAACAUUUAAUUUCUCUUUCUCUUUUGGUGAAAGUUUUUUGGAGAUGAUGAAUGGAGAAGCGGAGGUAGUUGAGGAGGAGUCGAUGGAGGAGGGCGGCGGAGCAGAGGAGGCGGCGAAGGGGAAGGGGAAGGUGCGGGGGCCGUGGUCGCCGCAGGAGGACGCGAUUCUCAGCGGCUUGGUGAGCAAGUUCGGGGCGAGGAAUUGGAGCCUGAUCGCCCGCGGAAUCCCCGGGCGCUCCGGGAAGUCGUGCCGCCUCCGCUGGUGCAAUCAGCUCGACCCCACGGUCAAGCGCAAGCCCUUCACUGAUGAAGAAGAUCGUAUAAUUCUAGAUGCUCAUGCAGUUUAUGGAAAUAAAUGGGCUUCAAUUGCAAAACUUCUACCCGGGAGAACAGAUAAUGCAAUAAAAAACCAUUGGAAUUCUACAUUAAAACGUAAUUGUGUCAAACAUACGAGAUCAACUCUAGCAGCUGGCCAGAUGUUGCAGGAUACCAGCACCAACUGGAUGCAGGCAUCUAUAGAAGGAUCCUCAACAGCUUCGUCUCUUAACUCGUUCAAAUCAGAGAAAGCAGAAAUAUCGGUGACGCCCUAUCAACCAAAAUCACCCACUGCAAAAUGUCAUGCUCACGAACCAAAUCAAGCCAUUGUAUCAUUGAGGUUAUCAGAAACGAAGGACAUGAGACUGAUGGAAGAUCAACCAAACGAGUUUGGAGGGAAUACAUUUACAUCCGCAGGCAGUUGUAUUUUCAAACCAAGUCCAACCACUGUCGAAGCUAUUCACCACUCUGCUCAAGGGACACAACCACCUACAGUCUCUCGCCCAGUUGCAAAGCUCGGAGCGUUCAAUGUUUAUAAAGACACGCCACCGCUCUCAGGGACAACACUGAUGCAGACAUCCGAACUGGAUUCAGGACUAUUCAAGUUUCUUGAUGGCGAACUCGUGAUCCCAUCACAAUGUGGGCAUGGCUGCUGUUCAGCAUCCACCAAGCAUCCUUCUCACAGAUCAUUGCUGGGACCAGAGUUUGUUGAAUACGAACAACUUCCCGCUUUCUCAAGUCGGGAGGAGUUGAUGUCUGUAGUGACGGAUUUGAAUAGCAUCACCUGGAUCAGAAGUGGUCUUGAGGAUACAGAGAGGCUCUCGGCCGAUGCGGAUGACUUAAUGGCGCGUGCAAGGACCUCUGUGUUUAUGGACAUGGAAGAGAAUAUGGGAAAUGAACGUUUCUUGUUUACUGGCACAACGAGAGAAGCGAGAUCGACCCAGAUGACAAUGCCAGCAUUCAAUCUGCGAGCUCAGGUUGAAGGUUGGAGUUAAUGUCUUCUUUAUCUGGAAAAUUACUUGUCAAUUCGAGCAGGCAGCAAUUUUGCAUCAUCCCUCCAAUUCUUUGGAGAAGAUCAAGAAAUUUUGUUAGAUUAUUCAACAGCGGUAUGUGGCUUUAUCAGUCUUCUAUUAAUGUUAAUGUUCUUUAUGUAUAGUCUCUCUCGUUGCAUAUAAAUGUUGCGUUCGUUUGUGAACGAAAUAUGUAAUGCUUAAAUGAAACACAAGAUUAACAUCAUGCAUUAAUUUUUAUUAA